AUGGAAAUAGAAAUCGAAGGUUAUAAGCUACAUCGUUUAGACCGACUACACAAGAAAGGGGGCGGGGUAUGUGCUUACAUACGAAAAGAUAUUAAAUCUCUUGUACUUAAAGACCUCAGUUAUAUCUCCGAGACGAAUUUCCAUCAAUUAUGGAUCAAAUUACAGCACAAAAAAUCUAAGUCACUGUUGGUCUGUGUCUCUUAUCGACCCCCAGACAGCCCGCUUGACUGCUUCGAAAAAUAUUUUAAACCUAAUUAUGUUCAUGCCCUGACGAUGGGAAAGUUGAUCAUUCUUCUUGGAGACCUAAACUGCGAUAUGCUUAAGCCCACACCUGGAUCAGCGUCUUUGAUCAAGACGACAAAAGAACUCAACCUUAACCAGUUAAUAAAAUCACCAACAAGAAUUACUGAAUCCAGUCAGACCCUCGUCGACGUUAUUUUCGUAUCCUCGCCAAGACUAGUAGUCAACAGCGGCGUCAUAGAAACCUGUAUCAGCGAUCAUUUCCCUGUGUAUGUAUCACUAAAACUUAAAACCGACAAAUCUCCACCAAACUAUAUCACUACCCGCAGCUACAAUAAAUACGACCCUGAUUUGUUCGCGAUCGAUCUGGCAUCCAACCGUGAUCGUCUUGUUUCCAUUUUCAGAAUGGACAAUGUUGAUGAAAAACUAACCAUUUUUAAUGAAAUAUUUUUAAAUACAUUGGAUAAACACGCCCCAGUAAAGACCAUAAAAGUACGCGGAAAAUCUUGCCCAUUUAUCACCUCGGAAAUAAAAGCAUCCAUGAUCAAAAGAGACCAGCUCCACAGUCUUUUCAGGAAAACACGUGAUCAUUAUGAUUGGCUUAAUUUCAGAGAGGCCCGCAAUUUUACAAAAACCGCACUUGUUAAUGCACAGAAAGAACAUGUACUGAAGGAAGUUCAGCAACACAGAAACAAUACUGGGUCACUUUGGAAGGUAAUUAAAGAAAAUAUAGCGUAUAGGGAAAGAGAGUCAGUGGUCUACAGUAAGGAACCGAAAUUAGUGGCCGAAGAGUUUAAUCAUUUCUUUUCCACCAUCGGUGUGAAUGCAGCAAAGAAAGCCUCAACACUAAUACAAGAUCCUAGUGUUUAUCCAGCUCGGAAUCUUUCUGACGUAAAUCGCACAGAUAACAGCUACCCUGAAGAAAAUGAUAGAUUUAGUUUCACCCCAGUCUCUUGUUCAGAAAUAAGGAACAUCAUAUUAGCUAUGCCGUCAAACAAAUCACCCGGCAAAGACAAAGUGAGUAUGCGUGUCAUCAAACACAGCCUACCGGUAAUUCUUGGGCCCCUCACCGAUAUCAUUAACUGUUCACUGUCGUCAUCUUCGUUCCCUAUAGCAUGGAAAGAGGCAGAAGUUAUCCCUUUGUUAAAGGAUGGAAACCACGAGGAAGCAUCAAAUAACCGCCCACUUUCUCUCCUUACCUUUCUUUCGAAAAUUUGUGAAAAGUCGCCUUGA